GGACAAUUAUUGUUGUUGCAAGAAGAGCACCAGUGUACGGUUGAAAUAAGCUGUUUUGGUUCGAGAGGAAGCUAUAACGUACAUCCAAUAGCACUGUCACCAAUAGAACCGAAACAAGGAGAUAGACUACGAGGAAGACGCCAACAGUCUGUCGUCUUCUAAACACAGGAAACCCAACCUUACAAAAAGUCGGAGAAAUAAGGGUGCUGUGAAGUUCGCUCGUUUCGUUUCGUUUCGUUUCGAUUCGAUUCGUUUUGCGUGGCUUUCUGCUMGUGUGUCCCUGUAUCAAUACCAUUUCUCUGUACUGCACCUCCGUUGAACAGCACCGUCGCACAGACGGCUGGAGGGACGCGGUCGAGCAAUCAUAGAACGGACUAAAAACCGGGUAUGCGCGACAUGUCGUUCAGGGAUGUCAACAGAAGGACCGAGGUGUCCAAGGGCGUCUUCCUGCACGGCCGAGAGCUCGAAGAGUUCUGUCAGCAGAGAGGUCUGUGUCCGUUGUGCGCGAAGACGAAGGUAAAGAGAAAAAAGGGGGUGUUUGGUCCGAAAAAAUGGGAGCCAAUCACCGCUCUCCGGAAUGGAGUGGUGGUUGCGACCGAGUCUUCUUCUGGCAACAAAGGCAAAGGCAGCAAGGAGUCAAAACAGAAAAAAAAGAAAAAUGGCUUUUCGAAAAGGGGAGGGAGAAAGUCUACCUCUGUGGAAGAGCCAGCAACAAUCGAAAGUAAUAUCAACAUCGACGUCGACAUAGAUGAAGGAGACUAUCUGGUCUAUAAGGGAUUCUGUUUGAGGGAAGGUUGUUUUACGCUUGAGCAUGCCCGGCGGUUGGUCGAAUCUGCUGGAAAAAUUGGAUGGCCAAUGGAAAAACAAGCUCGAAGAAACACACACAUUGGUUCGUUUACUACCGGGAAGAAGGAAGAUCCGAGGCCGCGGUCCUUAAGCGAUGGCUUCCGAGGUGUGGACGGAGUGAAAGGCAUACUGGCUAACAAACCACUAUCCGCCAAAUCAAAAUCGUCUUCCGGAUCGAAGCAUAAAUCAAGAUCCGUCGGGAGUCCCGGGGCUUCAUCCGUAUCCACGGAUAGUGACAAUGACAACGCGGAAACGAAGGUUAGUAGCGCCGACAGAACGAUCUUUCCACCGCCACAAGAUCGAAUCAAAUUCUUAUCCGAGCAAGUGUCCUUAGAAGGAGCACCGGACGCCUUCUAUCGCAGCAAGAACAAUAGUGUCAAAAGCCACAAUUUUUACAACGGAAGCGACGAUGGGGAAGAUUUAGGUGAGGAAAGCAUGGGAUCGGGGGGAAAACCAAGGAAGACCAAACGAGAUAUUAUCGAUAAAACCAUCCGUGUCCUGCGGGGCGAGUUUUGGCCCAUCGGUGGUUCCGUAAUUCGAACAGUGGAUUUGACGGGGGUGAGUUUGAACUAUUCUGAGGUGACGGCUCUAGCGGAGAGCCUCGAAGCCAGCAGAAACCACACGCCUGUCCAUCUAUCUUCCUUGAUUUUAAGAAAUUGCAACAUCGAUAACGACCGUUUGGGGAUUUUGGGAACGGCAUUCUACGAAGCUUUAUGGAACCCCUCGGUAACACCUACUGCUAGCAAUGGUACCUCGUCGGCUUCCUUUGUCCGGAAUUACGUCAUGCGACUCAAGACACUAGACUUAGCUGAAAACAAAAUCGGGAACGCUGGUAUGGAUGCUCUCUGUCCCUAUCUUGAGGCCUCGUGCUGUGGGUUGGAGGUACUGGAUUUGUCCCGCAACCACAUCGAAACGCUCGGGGGUGUAACCAUCUUUGAUGCACUCCGACGAAAUCCACACACAAAGAUCGAGACGAUAGAUCUUUCGCACAAUCUCCUACGGAAACUCGAUGCCGAAAACGAGAACGAUGAAGACGACAGCUUCUUUUCCUCUAGCACCGGCUUCUUCGGUCCCUCCUUUGGCAUUCACGGAUUCUUAGCAAAAAAUAGGACCCUACGGGACCUGAACCUUUCGGGGAAUCGCAUGCGCAACCGGGGAAUCGAAGCACUUUUCGGUGGCCUCUGUAUUGCUGGUCCCCAUGCCCGCCUCACCAGCGUCAGCCUGGGCUUCAAUCGAAUCGGCGACGCCGGGGCGCAGGCCAUUGCUUCCUGCCUUGCGACAAAUCGAUCCCUGCGAUCAAUUGAACUGAACGAUAACAAUAUUCACAACGAUGGGGGUAGGGCGCUGCUAUGGGCUAUGGGCAACAACACGACACUGAAAGAAAUCUCAGGCUUGUGGAGUAACAAUAUAGAUCGGCGAUUCAUUAUUGUUUCCAUUCGGCGAUUACUGUUAUCUGCAAGUGACGGGGACGAAAACGAUAAUGACGACCGUCGCGUGAAUAACGAUGAGGACUUAACUAAGUACUGGGAAGGGCAAAUGAAUGUUGAAAGUGGAUAUGAAGAGCAGGAGGAGGAACAGGAACAAGGUGACAACCAGAUACAAAACAGCUAUCAUUGCGAUGUCAUCAUUGAAAAUUCGGGGCGGGGGGAUCGGAGCUACGAAGUCACGACAGGGGAAGAAGAUAUCGAAAGCAAAUGCGUUUCGUCGCACUCGAGAAACUCACGAUCGGUUGAUAUGGAGGAGAACGUCAGCGAUUUGUCCGAGGAUAAGGACGACGACGAACAGGAUAGGGUGAAGAAAAAUGGGAAAAACGACGAGCUUUCCUCAUACGAGAUGCUUUUGGCAGAGGAUUCUAACGAGAACGACAUUAUGACAGCGGAUGGAAUGACGGAAACGAAUCAAGAAAUGAGUGUCAACACAUCGUUCGAUCGAAUGAUUAUAUUGAACUCGGCUCCCCUAGUGUAUUUCGACGAAGAAACCGGACUCCACAAAAGCAUACCUUUGCACGAUUCCGGAUACGAAAUCGAAAUUAUUCGGAAAGCUGUCGCAGUGGCAAUGACAAAAGGCUCAAAGAUCGAGGUUCGAGACGAAAUCGCCACGCCGGAUCAAUUCGAAGCUUCAAUCUCCCUGGGUGAUUCGCCAUUGAUACACUUUAGCUGCCACGGUCGCGAAGAUGCUCUUGCACUCGAAAACGGUCUUGGACUUCUCGAGAAAUUUCCAUUACGCAAUUUGGAAGAACUUGUUUCAAACAACACGAAUGGCCCCCUGAAGGUUGUAUUCGUCUCCUCGUGCCAUGCGCAUACGAUUGGGCAAGCUCUUAUAGAAGCGGGUGUUCCACACGUCGUGUGUUGUCAGAGAGACGCCCAGUUUAGGGAUGCCGUUGCCAUGGAAUUUGUGAAAUGUUUCUACCGAAAUGCUGCCAAGCAGAUGGCGCUGAAUGAAGCGUUCGAGACCGCUGUUGAGGACGUUCUUUCGUCGGAACUUUCCAAGAAUCUUCGGAACGUGGCAAAACGUUUUUCUCUCCUAUCAUCCUCCCUAUUUUUCGAACCGAGCGCUCCAAUAUUUUUCCAACAGGCCGCUGUCAUUGAAGACGACAACCACGAUGCUGAUCAACAGCAGAUUUUGAAGGUGCCUCCCCUUCCGGAUCGCUUUGUUGGACGAGAAAUCGAUAUGUUUGCAAUUCUUGAGUCGAUGCAGUCGAACAGUUGUGUGGAGAUUUCUGGAUGCGAGGGAUGUGGGAAAGACUCCGUUGUCACAGCGGUUGUUGAUUAUGCCAUGAAACGAUCGGAGGCAUUCUCGAUCGACCAGGCGUAUUGGAUUCCAACCCCGGCGCAGGUUGAAGUAGAGCCCGACUCCGUGUAUGAAGAUUUUAGUUUGUGCUGCGGGUUGAUUCGGAAUUCAAGCGAGGACAUAUGGGAUACUACAAACGAAGAACUCCUCGACUGCCUCGAACGGCUGGAAAUCGAACUAGAAGAGGCUUCCGUGGUUGUGGUAAUCGAUAGCAGAAGUUUCAACACGGAGGUCUCGCAGGUUUCCUUGCAAAAAUUGGUGCUAUUUAUACAAACCCAUGCUUAUGCUGCAAAGGUCCUUUGGAUAUCCACGGAAAGAGACGACGAGGGCAUCGAAAAGAGUCACAUCGAACUCGGUGCCCUUGAUUUUCGUUCGACUGCCCUCUUGUUUGGAGAAAAUUGCGAUUACAUAUCAGGGAACAAGGGCAUACAGGCUCGGUCGGCAGACGAAUUUGCGGAGCUCGUAGAUCCACCAUUCGAGUUGAAAGCCAACACCAAUGUUCCGUCCUUGGGGGUUUCUCAGCGAAUGAAAGAAGUUUACCAUCGCAUGGGGAACGGUUUCCCCUCCCAGGUCAUAGCGGUGGCCGAGUGGAUGUCUCGAACAGACUUUACCGAGGUUCUGAAAAUCGCGAGCAAACCCGAACUCGUCGUCAAAUCUCUCAACGAGUUGGAACGAGAGCUGGUUCGAUGGACGCUGUACGCGGAGGAAGCGGUCCGGGCCAAAAAUUACAAGCGGGCCGUCGAUUUGCGCGCCGUUGUCAGUGACCUCGAAGCGAUGAGGCGAGGCUAUUCGAGCCUGGCAGACCUGAAAGAAAUGGAACAAACGAUGAAAUCGGAUCUCGCCAACGCCAUCUCGAAUCGGCAGUACGAUGUCGCCAACAAUCUGAAGAAGGAUCUGUUGAAGCUGAAGAAGAAAAUAAUGAUGGAGAGAAGGGUCCCGUCCACCCGGCUGCUCCAAACCCAGGCGGUGUUCGACCUCAAGGCCCAGGUCGACUCGAUCAUUGCCGAAACGAAAAGCUACGACGGAGCAGAACUGCUCGACGAAUUUUCCCAGGAAGAAACCUCCUCGUCCUUCGAGGUGAACUGCGACGGGCGCACCUGCACGUUCCGGGUUUGCGGCGUCGCAACCGUUCGCACGGAUCGAAAGAACGACAUUGGCAAGAACCACCCGAAGCCCACGAGGGGGAUCGUCUGCUGGUCGAACGAGGCCUGCGACCUCGACGAUCCCCGGAGUUCGUUCCUCCUGCUGGACGACGUCGACGGCGAGAAAUUCAGGGCCCGCGCCGAGCUGCUUCCGGUGGUGAAUGAGACCCGGUACGGAGCCGUUCGGUGCGUGAUCGGAAAGUCGGUGGUGGUCGGCACGACCUCCGACUGCUGUGCCGGGGAAGGCCCGUCCGUCGGCGGCGCCGCCGUCAUCCUGGCGGUCGGUCCGUUUCUGGACGCCCCGGUGGAUUCGACGGCGUCGUCGUCGUCGUCGUCGUCGUCGCCGCCGCCUCCCCCUAUCGAUGCCAUGCUGGAGAAGGACAGGUACUUUCUCCACUUUGCCAGGGUUUCGAUCCGGUCGUGCUACCGGUCCUGCGUGGCAAAGGCGCAGCAGGCCGACCUGGAGGUGCUGACGGUCCGGCCCCUGGGCACGGUGGGCAAGAGCGGGCAGAUCUACGAGGACCUCCUGCGGAUCGGGGUGCAGACCCUCGUGGAGGAGGCCAAGUUCUCGAGCCUCCUGGAGGUCCGCCUCGUCGGGAGCAACCCGCGGGAGACCGCAAAGCUCGUCGGCAUCCUGCAGGAGAUGGGGUAUUCGAGCAGCGAACCAAAGAACGGGCGGGCCGACGGAUUAACUCAGGAACGGCUAUCAUAGCGUGUCGCAUUGCAAUGAAUGGCACUGGCAAUAAUUAUAGUAGGGUUUCAUGAGUAUGUAUAACUAUAGUCGCAU